GCUUGUGUCACCAAAGCUGAUUAUUUGCCUUAGAAAAAGAUGUCAAUAUCUUCUUUUUGAAUCGUAAGCAUUUCCCUCCAACCUAAUCAAGAAACCAACUUGGAUAAGCAAACAUAAAGAAAGAAGGAAAAAAAAAGAUGCCGCUGUUGAAAUCCUAGCCUGAUGAAAAGAGAUGCAACCGCAUAGACGGAAUAUCUGUUUUCCACUUUCUGUUAUUUAAUUUUUAUUUUUAAUUCAAUUUGUUCUAAUAAUGAAAAUUCAAACUUGACAAUAAUUUCUGAACGGAGUAAAUAUUAGUGAAAUUAUUACGUGGUAUUGUCACUGCGAAUAAUGUAAAGUGUAAACUAUUAAACAAGAUUAUUUGAGUCAUUGCAUCCAUUGGCAAUAGGGAGGAAGCGUCAUCAUAUCUUUUUUUUUUUACUUGUCUAUCUAAAUCCUUCUUCAAAGAUGCUUUUUUUUUUGGUUGGCAAUAGAAAGGAAUACAAUAUAAGAAGAUAAGCACACCUAUCUUUCUUUUUAGGAGGGUGGGGGGUCUUAGCUAGUUUGCUAUCAUCAGCAAAGAUUAGCUUUUGAAAAAGCAAAAUCUGCCGUCAUAGAUUCUGAUGUGUAAAAAUGGUUAUCCAACUGGAUUAUGAGACAGCACUGACUGCUAAAUUCCACCCACCGUCCACCAAAAAACAACGUCAUCCCUGCACCCACCCACCAAAAACCACCUUCCAUAAAUACCACUUCAACUCUCUCCAUAAUUCCCCCCUCCUCCCUUUCUUCCUUCUUCAUUAACAACAAUUUUGUUAAGAAUUCUGCAAAUUUAUCAGUCAAGCUAAAAUGGGAUUCUGUGAUUCCGGCAGCAGUGAUCAUCUGAUUCUGUGCAAAGCAGCAUUGAUUUUUGGGGUGACAAGAUGCAUCUUUUCCUGGGCUCAGAAAUUAGUCAAACACUACAUGUGCAUCUUCUCAUGGUCCCUGGAAUUAUUCCCAGAACCCACAACGAUUUCGCCGCAGCCCUGUUCAGGUUCUUCAUCUGUGUUAUCAAUGGUGAAAGAACAUCUGAGCUUGACGAGUUUUGAAGAAAUCGCGAAAAGGCGGAUCCCAGACCAUGAUCAAGAAGAAGAGAACCAUGAUAUGUCCUGCGCUGUGUGUUUGAAGCGCUUCAAGAAGAAAAAUCAAGUGUGGGAGCUCAGCAAUUGCAGCCAUGUCUUCCACGAGGAUUGCCUGAACAGAUGGCUGCUUUAUGAUGCUCGUUUGUCCUGCCCUCUUUGUAGAACUUCGUUGAUCACCACGUUGGGAACAGAGUCUUGUUCUGAUUCUUCUUCAUCGUCAUCCACGGCGGCGGCGGCGAAUCAGCAGCCCAGUUGGGCUGUUGAGAGGAUUCUGUAUCUAUUUGGGGAUGAUUUGCUCUGUUCCGACCAACAUAGAUUUUCAUGUCUUGAUUCCUGUUACACUUAAUUUUGUUCUGAAUUUUUUCUUGCAGUUCUGAGAAUUCUUUGGAGAUUUUUACAAUUCCAAAAAACCUCCAAAUAAUAAACCUGAAGCCAAAAAUAGAAGGAUUGGCAAUUAGUUUACCCCAUUUUUGUGACUGGGAAUUGUAAAUAUAAAAAUAUAGAAACGUUGAAGAGCUGUGAUCCAUUUUUAUUUAUUUAUUAUUAUCAUUUUUUUGUGUCUUCAAUCUCAG